AUUAUUAGGGCAUACACUCCAGUCGCUGUUACACCAGUUUCCCCUCUUCUCCACUAAUUUUCAUCUCAUCUCUUCGCAUUUCCAAGAUGGAGUCAAAUGACGUGGAGGAUGAAGAAUUCGGGUUCUCGAGGAACUACUUCUUAGCUAAAGAACUGUGCGGUUCUGGCAAAAAAUCGGCACGCAAACUUUCCGAAAUCGGUGUCGUCGACGAACAGGAGCUAAGAGAUGCAUACACUAAAAUCGAGUCCAAGCACGAGAAAGAAAUCGGCGAUUUGGUGAGCAGUUACAGAAAAUCUUACUCGGAAUGGGCUUUUGUACUGAGGUGUGGUUUUGGGCUAUUGAUGUAUGGAUUUGGCUCAAAGAAGGCAUUGAUAGAAGACUUUGCUUCAACAGCCUUGACCGAUUAUUCUGUUAUUGUGAUAAACGGAUACCUUCAAUCGGUCAAUCUGAAACAGGUUGCAGUUACGUUAGCUGAACUCCUGUGGGAACAAUUGAAAAUGCAUCGGAAAAGUACCUCGGAAAGUCAACCUAAAAGCCAGCAACCUUUUCUUACCCGGUCAAUGGAUGAUCUUAUUUCAUUUCUGGACGGGCCACAUUUGGAGGAUGACGAAUGUUUUGUUUGUGUCCUAGUUAACAAUAUUGACGGCCCAGGUUUGCGCGAUUCCGAGACUCAACAGUAUCUCAGCAGACUUGCAGCUUGUUCUCAUAUACGCAUGGUGGCUUCAAUCGAUCACGUGAAUGCACCUCUUUUGUGGGACAAGAAGAUGGUCCAUACUCAGUUCAAUUGGUACUGGUACCAUGUUCCGACCUACGCACCGUACAAGGUUGAAGGAACGUUCUUUCCUCUGAUUCUCGCACACAGUGGCUCUGCACAAAGUGUGAAAACCGCUUCGAUUGUGUUACAGAGUUUAACACCAAAUGCUCAAAGCGUGUUCAAAGUUCUUGCAGAACAUCAGAUAGCCCAUUCCGAAGAAGAAGGGAUGCCGUUUAACAAUUUGUACACAAUUUGCCGAGAGCGGUUUCUAGUGAGCAGCCAGAUUACUCUAAAUGCUCAUCUGACAGAAUUUAAGGAUCACGAGUUGGUCAAGACGAGAAGGAACGCUGACGGUGAAGAUUGCUUAUAUGUUCCUCUCACAAGUGAAGCACUUCAAAAACUUGUACAAGAGAUCACCCAAUAGAUCUUCGCUUCCAACGAAACUGGUUCUUAUGUAUUUUAAACAUGGUUUUAGGAUGAUGUUCUGCCAACGUUGUAUUUCUGAUAAGGGUCCUUGUCAUUUUUAUUGCUAUUUAACAAGAAAAUGGGUUAGUGACAA